CCUGGCGCCCCCAAGUCCUGGCUCCCCAGCCUCGCUACCCCGGGCAUCCACGCCCUGCGGGCUCAGCGGGCUCAAUCUGCGCAGCACCACCUCCAUGUUGACUAAGCCUCUGCAAGGGCUCCCCGUGGCCCCCGUGACCCCCACGCCGCCGCCAGGAGGCAAGGAUCGCGAAGCGUUCGAGGCCGAGUACCGACUCGGCCCCCUCCUUGGUAAGGGGGGCUUUGGUACCGUCUUCGCAGGACAUCGCGUCACAGACCGACUCCAGGUGGCCAUCAAAGUGAUCCCCCGGAAUCGCGUGCUGGGCUGGUCACCCUUGUCAGACUCAGCCACAUGCCCACUGGAAGUGGCAUUGCUAUGGAAGGUGGGUGCAGGCGGUGGGCACCCUGGCGUGAUCCGCCUGCUUGACUGGUUUGAGACACCAGAAGGCUUCAUGCUCGUCCUCGAACGGCCGUUGCCUGCCCAGGAUCUCUUUGACUACAUCACAGAGCAGGGCCCAUUAGGUGAGGGCCGAAGCCGCUGCCUGUUUGCCCAGGUAGUGGCAGCUGUUCGCCACUGCCACGCCCGUGGAGUUGUCCAUCGUGACAUCAAGGAUGAGAACAUCCUGAUGGAUCUCCGCCGGGGCUGUGCCAAACUCAUUGAUUUUGGCUCCGGUGCCCUGCUUCAUGAUGAACCCUAUACUGAUUUUGAUGGGACAAGGGUGUACAGCCCCCCCGAGUGGAUCUCUCGUCACCAGUAUCACGCACUCCCAGCCACUGUCUGGUCACUGGGUAUCCUCCUCUAUGACAUGGUAUGUGGGGACAUUCCCUUCGAGAGAGACCAGGAGAUUCUGGAGGCUGAGCUCCACUUCCCUGCCCAUGUGUCCCCAGACUGCUGUGCCCUAAUCCGCCGGUGCCUGGCCCCCAAACCCUCUGCCCGACCCUCACUGGAGGAGAUACUGCUGGACCCCUGGAUGCAGACACCAGCUGAGGAUGCACCCCUCAAUGCCCCCAAGGGGGGGCCCACCCCUUUGGCCUGGUCCCUGCUGCCCUAGUCCUAGCCAGGCCCCCGCUAGUUGGAAUAGCCGUCCCAUGGCAUGCCACAGGGAUAGAUGGACAUCUGUUGACCUGGUUAUACAGGUCAUUAAAAAUCCAGUGUUGUUAGGGUCAGAGAUUGGGGAUCAGGGGUCAGGAGACAUAAACCAAGUCUGCCCACUCCCCAUCCCAAUUCUGCUAAGGAGCCUUCCUCCCAGAACUUAUGGUCUCUUAUUCUGGAGGGCGGGGGGAACUUCCUUAUUUCUCAUUUUGCUAAGGGUGUUUAUUUGGUUGAGGUUCCUUCCAUUCUGAGCCCCAGGACUCUUAUUCUGAUGAGUUGUAACCCCUACACUGGCACCUCCUGCUGCCACCACACACACUUAGUUCAAAUGCUCUCACUUGGGCAAGGGUGCUUUCCUUCCAAUGCCCCAGCAGCUCUUAUUUUAGCAAAAGGACCCUUUCCCCUAGCCCAGGGUCCUAUAUUCAGUCAAGCUGCUUGCCUACCUCAGCCCAGGGUUGCUGAUUCUGGGGGAGGUAAUGCCCUAUUGUUAUCCCAGGACUUUUUUUUAAUUAUUUUUAUUAUU